UGUUCAGCUUUCUUUGUUUACAACAUGGCGGCCACAAGAACUUCUGCAUCGUCGAAUUGGAAUCAAGAAACAAAAGCAAGACUGAAUGAGAAGAUAACGGCCAAUGUUAAUGACCUUGGUUCUCUUGCUCGCCAAGUUAUUCGAGGUUCUAAAUCAAAUGAGUUCUUGGCACAGGCUGCAAAGAAUUUUGCUUCUCAAGAAAGCUAUGUCCACAAUUCACAUGAGACUAUGAGGAAAAUGGAUCUGAUGCGUUCUCAGCUGGAAUUCCAGCAGUCAGCCAUUGCAAGAAGCCUGAGCUACUUAGAUGAGAUCCAGGACCAGAUCACCUCCAUCAAGCACUGAGUGAACCAGUCACCAUGUCAAGGGUUUGGGAAUUUGGAAGUCAAAAGAGAGAAGUCUGCAUACAUAAAUAACAGCUGUCCCGGGGAAAAUGUAUAUUUUGAUUAGUCUGUUCCUUCACCUUCACCUAUCCCGUAGACUGGAUGUCCGUGGGGGCGCUUUUGAAGAUUUGGCCUCCAGCUUCUUCCACUCCUUCCGGUCUUCAUCUUUCGUGAGUUGUCCUCCCAACUCUUCUUCGGUCUGCCUCUGCUCCUUUUUCCCUGGACGCUGCCUU